AGGGAGUAACGAGCAGAGCACGCAUCGAAGGACAACGACAGCAUGGCCAAACGACCAAACCAAAUAUUGUGUCUUCAAACACAAGUUUAAACCAAGCAAUAAAACAAAAACAGAGAGAGAGAGAGAGAGAGAGAGAGCCAUUACUUUGCUUCGUAAUCAUUAAUGCAAUCAUCAUCUCUCAUUUCCCUUUCAACCCAAAAAUUCUAAUCCAAUCCAAUCAUACCAAUAUUGUGAGCGCCAAACACACGACACGAGCAGAUGACAAUCCUCUUUGUUUUGCUGCGAUUUGAUUGAAUUCUAGAGAGAGAGAGGGAGAGAGAGAAAAUGAUGACAAUGGAGGGUAUGAUGGAUGCGGGGGUGCUGGAUGAUAUAAUCAGGCGCCUAUUGGAAGGGAAAGGAGGGAAACAGGUGAAGCUGUCGGAGGUGGAGAUUCGGCAGCUCUGCGUCAACGCCCGCCAAAUCUUCCUCUCUCAGCCCAAUCUCCUCCCUGUCCAUGCCCCCAUCAGGAUCUGCGGUGACAUACACGGACAGUAUCAAGACCUUUUGAGGCUUUUGGAGUAUGGUGGAUAUCCCCCAUCUGUAACUUACCUCUUUCUUGGAGAUUACGUUGAUAGAGGCAAGCAGAGUUUGGAAACAAUAUGCUUACUAUUGGCUUACAAAAUAAGGUAUCCCAGUAAAGUUUUCCUCUUGAGGGGAAACCAUGAAGAUGCAAAGAUCAACCGUAUUUAUGGAUUUUAUGAUGAAUGUAAGAGGAGAUUCAAUGUUCGGCUUUGGAAGAUAUUCACUGACUGCUUUAAUUGUUUGCCCGUUGCUGCACUCAUAGACGAAAAGAUACUUUGCAUGCAUGGAGGGCUUUCUCCAGAGCUCAAAAAUUUGGACCAGAUUAGAGAGCUUUCGAGGCCAACUGAGAUCCCCGACAGUGGUCUACUAUGUGAUUUGCUUUGGUCUGAUCCUGAUUCCAAGAUAGAUGGCUGGGCUGAUAGCGAUAGGGGCGUUUCUUGUACUUUUGGGGCUGGUGCAGUUGCUGAAUUUUUGGAUAAGAAUGAGUUGGACCUCAUAUGCAGGGGUCAUCAGGUUGUGGAAGAUGGAUAUGAAUUCUUUGCCCAAAGAAGACUUGUGACUAUAUUUUCUGCCCCAAACUAUGGUGGAGAAUUCGACAAUGCUGGCGCCCUUUUAAACGUGGAUGAAUCGCUAAUAUGUUCGUUUGAGAUACUAAAACCUACACCAAGCAAUUCAAAGGUUCCUCUAAAGAAGGUAUGGCGUCCCGUUUCAAAACUGAAAAUUUGAUCCUUUGUUGGCCUCAUGACUUAAUUAUCUCUUUUCUUUACAUUCUGUUUCAACAGCCUCCCAAAAUUGGAGGCAGCAUGUAGACCAGAAAUCGUAGAUGUAACAGGGAGUAGGACGAGGAGACGGCCACUUUUCUUUCUCUGUUUCGUACAUAUAUAGCGUCAGCAUUCAAAGAAAAGAUGUGUAAAUUGGAAGAGAAGGAAAGGUGCAUCAGUUGGUUGAAGAGAAAUAUAAGGUGUUGCUUUAGGGUUGAGAAACUUGAAACGCAGUGGCAUGUGUUUGUGUAUCCCUUUCUCACUCAUUGUAUUUUAAUUUUCUCCAUAAUCCCACUCAAACAUGCAUCUACCUUUAGAAUGUAUUUGCAGGAAUUAUUUCAUGUUCAUGUGCAUUACAAUUGCUGUCUGUAGAUGAUUAUAUUAUACAUUUUCUUGCUUAAUUUGCCCUUCAAAUGUCA